UUUUCGCGGCAGCAGUAGUAGGAAGGCGCAUCUCCGCAAACAGGUCACAUUUCACUCUAGUCGCAUCCUCGUCUUUUUCUCCAGAAGAGAAGCUAUAUCGAGUGCCGCGCGCCUUUUCUAAGCACUUACCAUGGUGAUAAUGACCGAAUUGGGGGUCCUUCUCGUCCCGGUGAUGAUGCUGGUGGGAUUCACCUUGCAGGCGGAAAUUAAGAACGGGAAAGAGGCAGAAAAAGCAGGGAAUUUCAUGGAAGACGAGCAUUGGCUGUCCACCAUUUCACAGUACAGCCGCAAGAUCAAGCACUGGAAUCGCUUCAGAGACGAUGACUAUGUGCGGACCUUGGAUGAGAAUCAGGGAGGCUCUAAUGAAAAUGUUGACACCACCAAGGACCCCUGUCAGAAGGUGAAGUGUAGCCGACACAAGGUGUGUAUCGCCCAGGGAUACCAAAGGGCUGUGUGUGUCAACCGCAAAAAGCUUGAGCACAGACUGAAGCAGCCUUCCCUGAGGUCUCCUGAGGGAGGAUGCCGGCCCUGCCCCAUCUCCUCCUCUGUUCCUGUGUGUGGCUCUGACGGACACAACUACGCGUCACAGUGUAAACUGGAGCAGCAGGGGUGCCUCACAGGCAAGGAGCUGACUAUGAAGUGUUCAGGUCUUUGUCCCUGUCCAACCACAGCGCCCAUCACAGAGACAGAGGUCAAGCAUGAGAGUUGUACAGGGCAGGACCUCUCUGAUCUGGGGGAGAGGCUGAGGGACUGGUUCCAGCUGCUGCAGGGCAAUGCCAAGCUGAACAACAACAGCAAGACUGGAGGCAGCAACCCAGCAGUGGCUAACACUGGAUCAGUCAUGGACAGGAACGUGGUGGCCAGCUGUAAGGACUCUAUAGGUUGGAUGUUCUCAAAGCUGGACACCAACAGUGAUCUGUAUCUGGACCAGGCCGAGCUGGCAGCCAUUAACCUGGACAAGUAUGAGGUCUGCAUCCGACCCUUCUUCAACUCCUGCGAUUCCUACAGAGAUGGGAAGGUUUCUACAGCCGAGUGGUGCCUCUGCUUCUGGAGACAGAAGCCCCCCUGCCUGGCUGAGCUGGAGAGGAUCCAAGUCCAGGAGGGAGGCAAGAACAAACUGGGCCUGUUCAUCCCUAGCUGUGAUGAGGAUGGAUACUAUAGAAAGCUACAGUGUGAUCAGGCCAGGGGAGAGUGCUGGUGUGUCGACCAACACGGUGGAGAACUAGCCAGCUCCAGAAUCCAUGGCAACCCUGACUGUGAUGAGGCGCUGAUAUAUUCAGGUGAUUUUGGCAGUGGGGUAGGAUGGGAGGAUGAGGAAGAGAAAGAAGCGGAGGAGAAUGAAGAGGAAGAGGAAGGAGAGGCGGAUGACGGAGGAUAUAUUUGGUAGAGGUGAAGAAAUAAUGGAGUCUAGCUGGUCCAACAUUACUACCGGAGCAUCUCAACUUCUCUUGCUUCUCUGUCUCUUACACACACACACACACACACACACACACACACACACACACACACACACACACACACACACACACACACACACACACACACACACACACACACACACACACACACAAAUAAUGUUCCCGAAAACACACUCUGAACAACACUGAAUCAGUCCUGGACUAAGGGAGGGGGUUGGAGGGACAGAUGGGGGGUGGGUGUAGUGGCGUGACAAUGUGUGAUAUCAAUAGCUAGCAACUGUGGUCUGACGAGUCAGGAGAUGUGUCCUAAAUACCUGGGAAUAUCUUGGCUCUUUUUCUGUUGUAUGUACAAGACAACUUUCUCAUGGAGCAGUUUUUAGCAGCUUAAAAUGUUUUAUUAAAGGCAGGAAGCAACUGGAGGUUAUGUGCUCAUGUUAGGAACUUGAGACGCAAUUGGGUGCAUCUCAGUAGUCAAAAGUGGCAUCCUCCCCUUGCUUCCGUUCCUUCAUUUCCUCCUUUCUCUGCACUGAUGUGAACAAACUGGACAGGCAAUUAUAGUCAGGCUUUCACCUUACUGUUUUCACCAACCCGGGGCUUUCAGUUCAGGGCAGAUGGAGAGGAGACAAAGAGAGGAGUCCACUUUAGACUAAUUGCAUAUUCCUUUUGCAUCCUUUGACUUUCCCCAUUCCAUCCCGUAUGCUUCACCUCAUAUGACAGUAGUGCUCUGUCUCAUCAAGUCUAAUAGAAUAAAGUUUCUCACGCUACACUCCUAAAUGUGAAUAAACUGUGUAUCUGAAGACAGAUUUGCCAUUAUUAUUAUUAGUCCUGUAUUGCUAAUGCCCUGAGAGACUGGCAGACUGUACUGCUUGAUUGACAAGUGUCCAUUGUAUUAUCUGCAGAUCAACAUUGUGUUUAAUAAUAAAAUUAAUUGGUUCUAUGUGGCCCAACAAGGCCACCAUA